GGACUGCGUUGUAUGUGACACACUUCCAGGAAGCUUUUCCAGUCCCUUACCAAGAUGGCGGCGCUAAUGGUUCCCCGCUUGGCUAGGUUUGGUGCCUUGUCUCUAAGGACCAGCUCAGCACUCGCAAUCCAGACUCGGACCCUCCAUCAGAGCUCAGCCGCUGACGAUGGCAACAGCGUGGUUCCUGCCAGACAGAAGAGCACAGCCGUGGCUGCAAAGAAUCCGUCCCUGCCGAGCAGCAAAGGAGAGUACGUGAUCACCAAGCUCGAUGACCUCGUCAACUGGGCCCGCAGGAGCUCACUGUGGCCCAUGACCUUCGGGCUGGCGUGUUGCGCGGUGGAGAUGAUGCACAUGGCCGCUCCGCGCUAUGACAUGGACCGCUUUGGCGUGGUGUUCCGAGCCAGCCCCCGCCAGUCUGACGUCAUGAUCGUCGCCGGGACCCUCACCAACAAGAUGGCCCCCGCUCUGAGGAAGGUGUAUGACCAGAUGCCAGAGCCUCGCUAUGUGAUUUCCAUGGGAAGGUAAAAGACUUUAUUGUAGCGGCUUUUUGUUUUUGCCACUGA